CUCAUGAAGCAGUAGCGCUGUCCCUCGCUAUACUUGAUAACAUAGCUCCUGUAUUCCUUACUUAAUUCUGGAUCUCUUAAAAUAUCAAUGAUGGGUCUCCCUUCAGUCAUUCAGAUUUCCUAUCUUCCAGCUCUGGGAAUCCAGGGGGAUAGAUUCUUGGAGGAAAGAACAGAAGACUAUAUAAUUAACAACGAGAUGUAAUUGAAACUGCCUGUGAGCUUCCAUCUGAAGUUUAACAUAUGCUUUUCCAGUCUAACAAGUCAUGUAGUACAAAAGUAACAUAACUGGGGAAAGUCAUCGUUUAGUUUGCUUUACUUAGGAGCACAUAAAGUAAGGAAAUGUUACUUUAUUGUACAUCUUAAACACUCACUACCCAGAAUUCGUCGAACUUUCUCCAUUCAACAAAGACCUAAAGUAUUAAAUUUUGCUGCGGAUAAAAGAUAUGUCUUCAGGGUUGGGUAAAAUGUUCAGCAAUAAUCACAGAUCGUUUGAUUAGCGAUUAAUUUAUUAGAUAGUGGUUGAGUGCGGAUUUAGGGGCACCGACACCAGCCACAGGACACCACGCUAGCGCCGCCGUAGCUUCCCGGCAGGCUGCGCUGUGACGGGCGCCGGCUCGGUGACGUGCUCCGGAUCUUCGCCGCGCUUGAGCAGGCUGACCCUGCGGGUGGGCACCGCCGUUGUCCGGCGGAUUAGCGAACGCAGGGUGCGGUAGCUGCCGAGAGCGUUAAUUGUCGACGCGGCCGACAUGGCGGCAUUAGUAGCGGCCGCGGCAGACGGCUGGCCGGUUAUGGCGACGGAGUUUCGGACGCUGUUAGAUAAUUAACAUCGAGCGGCGCGCCAAUGGAUCUGCUCACGUAAAAAAAAAAAAAAACACGAUUCGUCCGCCUUCAAAAGCUGAUAUUGUCCGUUUGUUUCCUCCCAUUACUACGGUUGUAUUUAUUUUUUAUACGAGAUAAGCGGCAUUUUAACUAUGAACUUUCUGCGCAACCGGCUGGUAGUACUCGGCCUGGUGCUGCUCGCCACUCUUCUGCUGUACCUGCUGCUGCCCGCAAUCCGCCAGGGCAGCAUGGAGCCGUCCCUGGACGUUCAGCGAGUCGGGCUGCGGGAGAGGCUGGCUGCCGCCGGCCCGUCUUCCCUCGCGCCUCCGCCGGCCGUCAACGUGACCGUCCGCACAGGGCAGCUGCCCGGCGACCCGCCACUCUUCUUCAGGGAGGCGCUGCCAGUGGACGCCGCGGGGAGACAGAUACUGCCCAGGCUGCAGGUGGUUCUUCUGCAUGGCCAGGCUUUCACCUCCAAAAACUGGGAGGACCUGGGCACCCUGGCGCUGCUGGCCGUUAACGGGUACCAGGCCCUGGCGCUGGAUCUUCCCGGUUUCGGAAACUCCCCCGACUCUGAGGCACUGAAGACGGACGAGCAACGCGUGGCCCUGCUGCAGCGCUUCCUGGAAGCGCUGGGUGUGCGUGCGCCUGUGCUCCUGAGCCCCUCCAUGAGCGGCCGAUUUUCCCUGCCCUUCCUGGUGCAGCGUGGCACGCAGCUCCGCGGCUUUGUGCCCAUUGCGCCCGUGGGCACGCGCAACUUCUCAUCGCAGCAGUACCAGGCCAUCCAGACUCCAACCCUGAUUGUCUACGGGGAGCAAGACACCAACCUGGGAGCUCAGUCCUACAAGAAUCUGAGUCAGCUUCCCCGGAGCUCGACGGUGCGGCUGGUGGGGGCAGGCCAUGCCUGCUAUCUGGACAAGCCCAGGGAGUUUCACCAGGCCCUGCUGGACUUCCUCAGCAAGCUGGAGUGAGAGAGGAAACUGAAGACCAGAGAACGAUGCCAGGCGGGGUUUUAGGGGGGUGGAUUUGGACUUUCUGAUUGGCUUUGCGAUUGGGUGAUGGGGGUGGCAUAUGGAGCUUAUUGGCUAUGAGGUGAGUAUGGUCAUUGGAUUGACCAUGAGGUGGUGGCCCCAGUCGGAGAGCAGUGUACCUGGAAAUUCUGGGAUUCAAAUAUACCUGGAAGCUGAAAGACACAAAGGGGCUGUGUGAUGCAAGCACCCAUCCUGCUUGCCUCUUACAAGUAAAUUCCUGCAUCCCAUGCCGUAGUGAGAGAAGCCAAAGGAAAGAUGUGUUCUCAGGUUUGGGUGUAAAGAUUCUGUCCUUCCUCUAGACUCUGGUUUGUAAUAAGCUUCAAAUCAACAGUUGCGGUCUUGGUAAACCUUCCAGUGUUGUCUUUGUGUUUACUGUACUUGGAAUCUCGUUUAGAAAUUACCUGCUGUUGCAGAGUAGCUUUGUUGUACAGUUACAGAGUUUAAAGUGCACGACUUAAAUGUAAGAAUUAUUGCAGUGCUUUCUUAUUGAUACAGUAGGGCUGUUGACAUGUCUGGUUUCUCAUUUUUCACAUUUUUACAAAUAACCUUAUUUGCCAAGAAAUAAUAGGCAGACAGAAUGUGUAAUGGAAUAUUUGGCUUAUACUGUAUGACCACUAUUUAUUUGUAUUUAUGUUCAAUACAGAUAUAUAUAUAUAAAUAGGGGUUGCAUUGGACAUCUUUUGCUGUAUUUUUUUGGCAUUUUUCACCAUUAAAUUAAUAUUGUAAGUAU